GUGCGAAUGGAUCAACUGCGGCAAGACCUUCUCAGACUCGAGCUCCCUUGCUCGUCAUCGUCGCAUUCACACAGGCAAGCGUCCUUAUGCGUGCUAUGCCAAUGGGUGCCAUAAGACCUUCUGCCGCAAGACAACAUUGACCAAGCAUCUGCGCAAGUGUCAUCAAUUGAUGCCAUCUGCCAGCUUCAGGCACGAGCUUGGCUUGGGCGAUGAAGAGGAAGAAGAGGAUGAUGGCCAGUCAUACUCUGAUGAAGAAGACGAAGACUACCCUCCCACCACGCCUCGUGCAAAGCAGCACUUUGGUCGCGGUACCUUGCCUCUCAGUCCUCCAGACUCGACACGUCGCAGCGCAUACCCGUACUCUGACCGAGCUGACAUGCACACACGCACGUAUGAUGCCUCAACGAGCGGUCAGCUGUACCACAUGUCCAAGAUCACUGAUGUGUAUGCUUCGUCUCUCAAGUCUGGCAACAGCUACUCAGAGCUCGAUAUGCAUGGCAACGAUGCACUGUAUACACCAUCAGAGUCCAGAUCAGGCCUUGAUUCUGGUAGCGAGUAUCUGGGCUACGCUCAAGACAUGUCGCGCCAAGGGUCAGCCUCUGAUCCUUACUUCAAUGGUGGGCAGUACGCAGCACACUGGGAUGAGCCUCAAGUCCGUCACAGCCAGCACUGGGAAGAGGCAUGUCAGCAGCUGCAGCAAGCAACAGGUCUGACACCACUGCAGCCUCCGCCACUGCAAAGCAGGCAGCCCUUCCCUGGACUUCCUGGACUCUUGCACAGUCGUGGCUCGCAACAAUUGUCAUCGCCCGGCCAGCAGUACAGUCCCAUGACAGCAUCCUCGCACACAUUCACAUCGACGCCCUUGAGUGGAUACCCAUCAGAGGUCUCGCCCGCCAUGCACUCUGGUGAUGGUCGAUUCUCACCUCACACGGACUUUGGCGGACCACUCGAUCUUAUGCAAGGUCCACCAGUCCCUCCAAUCGGUCCACCAUCGCAGCGUAGCAAGUAUGCGCACAACUUGAGUCUGACGGGACCAGAGGGUGAAGCACUGCAGCGCUACCAACACCAGUUGCAAGGCGAGCAUGGACCUGGUCCUGCAGGCAGUGAUAGACCUGACCAGCAACGUGCUCGAGCACAAAGUUGGCACAGCAGACGCGGUCAUCGCUCAGACUGAGCUUGCAUUGCUACACACACGAAGCUUUGGCCCUCUUCUGCCUUUAAUUUUGGUGUCAUCUGUACAACCUCACAAGACAGGCGGUCGCGCUGGACGCGUAUCGCGAAUUAUGGAGGAAGUGGCAUCACAAGCAAAGAGGUAGCAAAGCACAUGGAUUACCAGCAGUAGUCCUUAGUUAUGACAAUAUUCGAUAUAAGCCAGUUAUCUCACAUAGUGGAGUGCA